AUGGGGUUUGGAGGUGACCUGAAGUAUUCUCAUGAUGCUUUAUUAAAACUGCAAGACUGGGAACUACGACUGCUGGAAACAGUGAAGAAAUUUAUGGUUAUGAGAGUAAAAAGUGAUAAAGAAUAUGCGUCCACUUUACAGAAUCUUUGUAACCAAGUUGACAAAGAGAGCGCUUGUCAAUUGGAUUAUAUCAGCAAUGUGUCCAAGUCUUGGUUGCUCGUAGUACAGCAAACAGAACAGCUGAGCAAAAUAAUGAAGACACAUGCAGAGGAUCUUAAUUCUGGGCCCUUGCAUAGGCUUACAAUGAUGAUCAAAGAUAAGCAGCAAGUUAAGAAGAGUUUCGUAGGUGUUCAUCAACAAAUUGAAGCGGAGAUGUACAAGGUCACAAAGACAGAACUAGAGAAACUUAAAUCUAGUUACAGGCAACUAAUAAAAGAAGUAAAUUCUGCCAAAGAAAAGUAUAAAGAAGCUGUGGCUAAAGGAAAGGAGACAGAGAAAGCCAAAGAUCGUUGUGAAAAAGCCACUAUGAAACUUCAUAUGUUGCAUAACCAGUAUGUGUUGGCACUGAAAGGAGCACAAUUACAUCAGCACCAAUAUUAUGAUACAACACUUCCUCUGUUACUUGAUUCACUACAGAAGAUGCAAGAAGAAAUGAUUAAAGCCCUAAAAGGGAUCUUGGAUGAGUAUAGCGAGAUAACCAGUCUUGUAACAGAAGAGAUUGUGAAUGUCCAUAAAGAGAUCCAGACCUCGGUGGAACAGAUAGACCCUAACUCUGAGUAUAAUGACUUCAUAGAUACUCACAGGUCAUCAGAAGUUGUUGAACAAGAAAUAGAGUUUGAUACAUCUUUACUAGAAGAAAAUGAAAACCUUCAAGCUAAUGAGAUCAUGUGGAAUAAUUUAACAGCAGAAAGUUUGCAAGUCAUGUUGAAAACAGUAAUAGAAGAGCUGAUGCAGACACAGCAAACCCUUCUGAGCAAAGAGGAGCUUGUUUUGGAACUAGAGAAAAAAAUAGAGGAGUCAUCUAAGACAUGUGAAAAGAAAUCUGAUAUUGUACUCUUGCUGAGCCAAAAGCAAGCGCUUGAAGAGCUUAAGCAAACAGUUCAGCAAUUAAGAUGCUCUGAGGCAAAAUUUGCAGCCCAAAAAGAACUACUGGAACAAAAGGUUCAAGAGAAUGAUGGGAAAGAGCCGCCACCUGUAGUGAAUUACGAAGAAGAUGCCAGAUCAGUGACUUCUAUGGACAAGAAGGAUAAAGUGUCAAGAUUUGACACUAUACGUCAUUCCAUAGCUGGAAUUAUAAGGUCUCCAAAAUCCAUGUUGGGUUCAUCAUCGUUCUUUGAUGUAAUCUCAACCACUGAGAAACCAUUGGCUGAGCAAGACUGGUAUCAUGGUGCAAUUCCAAGAAUAGAAGCCCAGGAGCUGUUAAAACAGCAAGGAGACUUCUUGGUGCGAGAGAGCCACGGGAAACCUGGUGAAUAUGUCCUUUCUGUGUUUUCAGAUGGACAACGGAGACACUUUAUCAUACAAUAUGCUGAUAAUCAAUAUCGUUUUGAGGGAACUGGGUUUCCAACUAUUCCUCAGCUCAUAGAACAUCAUUACACAACAAAGCAAGUCAUUACAAAGAAGUCGAGUGUUGUUCUGCUUAAUCCCGUUGUUAAGGAUAAGAAGUGGGUUCUCAAUCAUGAAGAUGUCACACUGGGGGAAUUACUGGGCAAAGGUAAUUUUGGUGAGGUGUAUAAAGGAACAUUAAAGGAUAAAACCCCUGUUGCUGUAAAAACUUGCAAAGAAGAUCUUCCUCAGGAACUGAAAAUAAAAUUUCUGUCUGAAGCCAGAAUACUUAAACAAUAUGAUCAUCCUAAUAUUGUAAAACUUAUAGGAGUCUGCACUCAACGACAGCCUAUAUAUAUUGUUAUGGAACUUGUUCCAGGAGGUGAUUUCCUGUCAUUCCUAAGAAAAAAGAAGGAUGAGCUGAAAACCAAACAGCUGGUGAAAUUUUCAUUAGAUGCUGCCUCUGGUAUGGCAUAUCUUGAAUCUAAAAACUGUAUACAUAGAGACCUGGCUGCAAGGAACUGCUUGGUAGGUGAAAGCAACAUCUUGAAAAUAAGUGAUUUUGGGAUGUCCCGGCAAGAGGACGAUGGCGUGUACUCAUCAUCAGGCCUAAAGCAGAUUCCAAUCAAGUGGACUGCUCCAGAAGCUCUGAACUAUGGGAGAUACACAUCUGAGAGUGAUGUAUGGAGCUUUGGAAUCCUUUUGUGGGAGACAUUCAGUUUAGGAGUAUGCCCAUACCCUGGAAUGACCAACCAACAAGCACGAGAGCAAGUUGAGAAAGGGUACCGAAUGUCUGCACCACAAAAAUGUCCAGAAGAAAUAUAUAAAAUAAUGCAGAGAUGCUGGGACUACAAGCCAGAAAACCGGCCAAAAUUCAGUGAGAUUCAGAAAGAGCUGUCUUCAAUCAAAAAGAAAGUGACAUAGUGAUAAAGAAGUGCCAAACUCAGUGUCUGGGACUUUAUUUUCCAGUGAAGUAAUUGUUUCCCUCAAACACUAUGCAUUUAUAUAGCAUUAUUUGCAAUACUCUUCUAGGAUUACUUUGAAAUUAACUGGUGUACCAUCUUGAAUGGUGUUUACACCUGCAUUAAAGAUAUGUACCACAAAAUGCUAUAUAUACAGUCACAGUAGUACUGUAAUUUAGGUUACAUGUACAUAGGAAAGCACAUACUAUAAAUUUAAGGGACUGUGGCUUCUAUCUGUUUUACAGCAAAUAACUGCUAGUGACAUUUUUCAGAGGUAUUCUACUUUAAGCUGUGCUCUCACUCUGCUAUCGCUGUCCUGUAUGUCAGCAUAUUAGUGUGGGGAUUAUCAUACAUGUUGGCCUUAAUACUGAAGACAGUUUUGACAAGUAUUUAAACUACAACAUUUUUUUAAAAUUCUUUCUACAUCUGAUAUAUUUAGGUGAUAUUUGGUUGUAAGCAUGAAGCUCAGUUAGAUUCUAGAUGCAAACAUGCUUACUGAAUUGAAAAAUCCAGAAUUUUUUUUGACGUUGAAUUACUUGUACAUUUAUUACCAUACAGUAGAAAUACUUCUGACUUUUUAUGUGAUUAGGCAUUUCACAUUUUAUGUGAAAAGGCAUUAAAGAAUGCCUUUUUUCUUCUUCAAUGCCAUCAGAAUUCAGUAGCAUGUUUCUUUUAUGGUGACCUAUGUUUAUUUUAGAAAAAAAAAUACUAAUAUAAAGUAUAUUUCUUAGCACAUGCUAAGAAAUACUGCCAACUAUCUGCCUUCCAAAAAAUAUGUGAAAGUACUAGGCCAAGAAAAAGAGGUUUACUAAUGAUAGCAGCAGAUGACAAAUAUCAUUGAUCUUAGAGGCACUAAAGAAUAUAUUGCUAGAUAUGCUUUCAACCCUGAUUUUUUCCCUUAAAUUGGUAGAAAUUCUCAGAAUGCAACUGGAGCAUGCAAAAGUUUAUUCUGAACAAAAUAACAUUUUAUGCAUAGUGUCCAAAGGAAAAUACUACUUCUGUAUGGCAUUAGGAAGUUGUUCAAACAAACAAAAGGAAAGAAGUAUGUUUAAAGCCUCUGACAGGGAGCAGCAGAGUAGAAAUACUAACCUUCUCUUUUUCUUACAUUAUUGCAAUCAAAUAUCAAAAGACUGGGGAUAAACAAGGUUUAACUGCACCAAGAAUAUAAACCUUGUGUUUGUAUAUAUAUACAUAUAAAUAUAUAUUAAAAAUUAAAAAAGCCAGAAAGAAUAAAAACCUUACUAGAUAGGGGAGGGAGGAAGUGCACCAUUUGUUACUUUGACUCUGGGUCCUCUUUGCAGCUGGAAUUUUCUAGGGCUCUGAAUAGAAAUAGGAACAAGUUACUGUAUCCCUGUCUGAGUUCCAGCAUUAAGGUGCUUUAAAUACUUCUAGGAAUUUACUAAAAUAUCCAGAUCAAGGGAUACUAGUUGCUGCUAAUGCAAGUAAGAAACAGGGAUUGUAAGUAACACAGCAUCUGGAUUGUUAAUUAGCCUUAUAUUUUAGUGUUACAGUGGGAUUGAGAUGUAGUGAAUUCAGUGGCUACAUUACAUUUUUAUUUCUUUUAGGGUGGCUUUUCUAUUGUCCACAUCAUCUUUUGCUCUCUAAAGUAUAUUUACAGUAGUGCUGAGUGGUGGUUUAGGGCUAUGUGUGAUCAAAAUAUGUGUAGUCUAGAAGAAUUUGUCUGUUACAUAGGAGUUAGUGUCCAACUACAACAGUGAAUGGUUGUGUGGGAUCACAUCACGUGCAUUUGAGGUGGUACUGUCAGUAUCCAGCUGUAAGGAAUGGUAAGUGCUUCUUGCAUUUUGUUAAGUAAUUUUUUUCUUGGAGAUAAGGAAGCAAUUAUAUACACAUACCCAUUAAAGUGUAGUGCUUGGAAAACUUGGUGGCAUAAAUUAAAACUUAAUUGUAAGUGUACUGGAUCUAUUUACUUAGUUCUGUACUUCAAGUAGCCCAGAGAUAUUUUUCAAGAGCAAUAGGAAACAUUCUUGUUAGCUUGUAUGCUUCUAAGUAGUACACAGAGUCUGUGCCUUAAUUUGCUAGUAUGCUAAUGCAAGUGCAAGUGUACUAAGAUCUAAGAAAUGUUUCACAGUCAUUUGGGAAAAUCCAUCCAACUGCAUUUUGUUACAUAUGCAUUCCUGAAGACUGCAAGGAAGGAUAACAGUGUCAGCAUUCGUAGCUUUUCUGGAGAGUUAAUAUUCUUUUGUUAGAGGGAUGGGCUGUUUCUUUGCCAUGUGCCCUCUUGACAGCAAGAAAUACUGCUUUAUUCAGAUAAAAUAAAAUACUGUUGUAUUUGUCAUAAAUUAACCAGUCACCAUCCUGACUCUCACAGAAGGAUAAAAACAGUACUAACAUUUUAUUCUGGAAUAGUAAACUUCCAUACAUGUAUAUCUCAUUUCUGUUUAAAUUCGAAAUCUUUUUAAAACAGGGGAUUACUACAGCAUUAGGAAAAUUUAUUACUAUUAUUGAAGUAGGCACCAGUUCAGUUGAAAACUAGUAACAGUUUGGGAGAAUACCAGAAUGGCUUUAUAAGUAUAGAAUAAUUUUCAACACAGGUACAUGUCUUUUCAAUUAUUUAAACUUUUUAUAUCAUUAAUUCAACAGUUUGUGGCAGAAUUUGUUCAUCAUGUCUGACUUGUAAUUGUUAAAACUGUUCAAUUUAGGAAGUGGAAUCCAUACCUAUAGAUACUGCAGGCUUCUCACAGGAGCAUUCACAACCAAGCCUGCCAUGCCAUGCAAUUUAAAAGAAAGACCUGGCACUAAAGAAGCAAAGCUGCAAUAUCUUUUCUCUGUGGCCUUUUGAUGACUUAUCUUGUCAGGUUAAUCGUACCAGGUUAGCCAGGUCGUUUGGCUUGUGAACUGUGUUUAUCAUAGAGAACUUAAAAAGAAGUUAAGCUUCAGUCUCUUUUGCAAGCAUGGAAUUCAGAUUAGAUUGUUACACUGGCAUUGUCACAACCAGUGGGACCCUGAGAGAAUCCUGAAUUAUUUUACAUUGUUAAACGUAGGAAACUCUAAAUACUGUUAUCUUCAGUUUGUAAUGUGAGAGGGAAUUCAACAGGUUAUCUCUUAUUUUCAUGUUUUUCCUAGGAAUUGCAUUCAUUAUUUUAAGAAAAUUUCUUUGAUGGCAAAAAGUGCAUCCUUAGUUUGUUUUUAGUAGAAAAUGAGCGCUUGUUAGCUUCCAAGUCCAGUCCUCAGUGGUUUUCUAAGCUUCCUUAUUUUAUGAAAAGUGAAAUAGUGAAAACCAUCUUGUCUGGAAACAAGACAUGGCAAGUACAUGGGCAAGUACAUGGCAAGUACAGGGCAAGUCCAGUAUUCCUGAAGUUCCAGACAACCUUUCUUCAGCAAAGAGUGGUGAUGUAGAGUUAGCAUCCCAUGGAGGCAUUAUCUUUGAAAUGUGCAUUUUCAUUAGUUUCUGUGAAAACCAAUGAACUAGCUUUUAGUUUAUCAACUACAGUUAUAUUGCAUUUCUUCUUAACAAAAAUAUUUCCUUUUGCAGAGUUGCCUCUUUUGCCUCAGAGUUGCCAAAAAAAAACUUUUUUGGACAUUGUUAUUGGUCAGUGCAUCACCAGAAGGCCAUCAGUGAGAACUGCAGCUGGUAAAGCCCAUUCUCACUGACAGGAAAGAGAAAACUGGUUAAGGAAAUACUAGGGUAUUCAUACUCAAGUAUUUUUUCAUUAAUGUUUUUGACCACCUGUUAUGCUUACUUAAAUCCUACAAGCACAUCAUUAAAAUUGAAUAUGAAGUUACCUAUUUGUUAUCUCUUUAUAACUAUUUUGUUACCCUUUUUGCACCUGAUGUAAAGGUAAUAAAGAAAACAAAAAAGAAGAAAAAUCCUCCACAUUUUUCUGAGGUAACAGUGUAACCAAGUCUCAGAAGUAUUUACAAAUGUCUCCCCUCCAGUUUUCUCAGAUGUGCUGCUGCACAAAUAUUAACAACAGUGAUUAAAUACUAGCCCUGUUUCCAGUGUUCUUGCUGUCAUAUCCUCUAAAUGUCAGUGCUACUCACAGACUUGAGGGAGUGCAAUAUUUGAAGACCUAAGCUAGUGUGUAAAUAGUGUCAUCAAACAUGGUAUUCAGCAGUUCUGAGAAUAAUUGAUUGUCACAAAUAAUAAUUCAUUAUAAAGAUUAAAUAAAGAGAAAGAAGCUGAGAGUCCUCUUUCUGUAACAGCUGUCCUAUUUUUAGGCACUAGAAACAUUAGUUUGUGCCAGUACACUUGGAUUUGUAACAUUUUUACGGCUAAGCAUAAAAUAGUUUGCUAUUAAAGGAAGAGUUUGACAGUUAAUUUUUUCUUCUUCUAAAGCAAAAAUUACUUCAGAUAUUGUUGGAAGCUUUCUUUCUGGACAACUCAGGGAAGAACAGCCCUGCUACCAAUGAAGUUAUGCAUUUUUUUUCUUCUUAGGAUGGUUUUCAUGCCGUCCUUCACUUCACAGUAGUACAGGACCUCAGUUAGUAAUUAAAAGGUGCAUGGCAAGUACAGGGCAAGUCCAGUAUUCCUGAAGUUCCAGACAACCAUUAGUUUUUAAGACAUCUGGUCAAUUUGAAAUACCAGCUCUAUUAAAAAUGGUUUUUUUCAGUUCCCUUCUGCAGAUUUACUGAAAAACAAAACACAUCAAAAAAAGCAGUGCUUAACAACGAGCAACAACUUACUAAGAAAGUGAAUCAACCUCAGGAGCCUAUCAAGGUUUUCUAAGAGUAACUAUUCCCUGGGUAGCUUCCCAUUAGAAACAAAUAAAGUUUAAAGGUAGAAAGCUCCAAAUUUCAGUGGAAGAAUCCACAUGUCACAUUAUGAACAGUCAAGUAUUACUACCAUUUCUUUCCUCAAAGUGGUACUGAAUUGUGAUUUCCAACUCCUAUACACAUUGCAGAAUUGCCUAUUAGUGUGGUUUAGUACCCAACUUUACUUUGCUGAGACCUGAAAUUUCAAAGAAGGGAAGAUUCUCUCAUAGAAAAUUCCAGCAAGAUCUGCCUGGUAGCUCCAGCAUUUUUACAUAUUUUCACAUCCAGUUAUCAGAGUCAUUGUUCAUUAUAGUAAGUACCACAUAGAACAGGGCUGGAAGCCCCUGACUUUAAACUUUCAAAAUUUUGACCUUAGAAUCCACCUUGAUUUUGCUUCUCUGUCACAUGAGGAAAAGAAAUUUCUGUUUUUCAGCCUUAGCACUACUCUAUAAAACAGAAAGGUUCAGAGAUGUAUUUACUGUUCUCUCCCAAGGAAUGCUACCUCCACCAACAACCCUAAGUUACUACUACGUCCACUUCUCUUUGAUGUAAAAUUUCAGCUGGAAUAUAUGUCCAGCUAUAGAGCUUGGGUGUUAACUCAGACUUGUUUCAUUUUCAGGCAGUUGUAUAUUAUUGGCUAUUUCAGAGCACCAUUUUCUCAGGCAUCAUCUAGGCAGGACUUAAAUUAGAAUUUUUAGAUGGUUUAUUUGGGGGCAGCGGUGUGAGCUACACAGCUAAUUAGUUCACUAGCUACAUUGUUGUUUUGCAGGUGUUUGAGAUUGUAGCUAUGGAAGUGUAGUUCAUUUAGAGAUCUCAGAUCCAUAUGCCUUGUCCAAACAAAAAAACUGUUAGGCAUACUUAGAAAAAAUGGAUAAAUAAAACCCUUAAAUCUAGUUGACUGAGGUCAAAAAUUGAAAACAUAAAAGAGCCAUGAACUAGAUUCUUUAUUCCUCUGUCUCAGAGUGUGGAAUGCCUUGUAAAUGCAACUUAAUUGAUUUAUUGUUUAUAGAUAGAUACAGCCUCUGAACCAGUAUGGUAACCUAGGAUUCACACUGAGCAGAGAACACUUGGAAAAAAAUCUUGAAUUGCUACUAUUUGGCUCUGUCAUCUAGUUUUAGAAACACAAAUGUUUAUUGAUAAGUUUUGUGAAUACAGGAAGUGAGCCAGCCAUUGAAACUCUUCAUCAAUAAAUUAGACUUUUUAAAACAAAAAUCAGAUCAGUGAUUCCCUUUGCAUUACAGAUGUUGAAAGUAUGAGCCAGAACUUCCCAUUACUAAAAAAAAAGAUGCACUGUAUUCUUUUCAAUCAGCUCAGUCUUUCUCAACAUAUGAAGAAUUCCAUUGUUGUUACAUAGAAGUAAUAAUGCAAAAUUCUUGGGUAACUGAUAUGUAAACAAUUGACUGUAAGCUGUUGCCUCAAUUCUCAAAGAAUCUUUCUGCUCUGUAAAGGGGAUUGCAGUAAUCUUACACUUCCUUCUGAGCUCUGCUGUAAUAAUCUGUACUGUUGCAUCUCUCAAAUAUUUCCUAAUUCUGAAGGCUCCAUGUACCACAGAUGGCACCCUUUCACUUAUCAAAUGAAGUUAUUCUGGUGACAGCAAAGUCCAAAUACAUUCCUGCUUUUGUUUAAUUCAGAAGUACUGUGGUAAUGUUAUACUUUAAAACCUAGGGCAAUGUGUUUGUAUAAAAAUGGAAGUAACCAUGAAUCAAGGUGUGAAGCAUAUUGUUCAAAUCACAUUUUUAAUGAAAUUGCAGACCCUAGCUCUGUCACAAAUUGUCCACAUCACAAAUUACAUCAGAGGAACAACAUUGGUUACUGUCUGGUUUACAGUACAGAACAUCCUGCUCCACACAGGGAGAAUUAAAAAGCUAAAUAUGUUCCUUGACAUUUUGCUGUCAGGCCAGAUUGGAACAGUAUCUUCAAAAUCAACAGCAAUUACUUAAUUCCACCUAAGCCUUAUUGUGAACUUCCUUCUUCUUAAAAGACCUUUUCAGACGGUGUUAAUUUUCAUAAUUUUGCUUUCAGGAGUUUGAAUUCACUAUGUCAUACAACAUUUACUUACAGAAAUAAUUAUACACCCCCACCACUAUGAAGUGCUGAGACCUGCAAUUCCAGAAGAUAAGCAUUAUUGUUGUGUUCAGGGAACUGAUCUUUGAAAUGUCUCAAUCAAUUGAAACGUCUUUUUACGUCUGUUUCCAGUGUUAAUUGUACCAUUACUUGUAAAUCACAAGUUAAUUUGUUUUUCCACCAAGCUUCCCACUUAAUUUUUACUAAAAUGCUGAAAACAUGUAAUAAGAAAAAAAAUCCAUGAUACAGGUUCAUACACAGGACACAAAAGGCAGGCAGACUCCUACAGAGAAAUACUGAGGAGUGAAAGCCAGCAUUAAGCACCUGCCUUGUACAUUCUGUUAAAGGACUUCCAGUGAUAAAAUUUGGGCUGGGGUUGCAGGACUGCUGAUUUUAAAAUUGCAUGUGUUGCUUUUCCUUUGUGUAACUGUUGGCAGCUGGAGAUGGAACAGGGGUGUUAGGGAAGGAGGGAAAUUCACGUCACUGGCCUGCCAUCACAAGUCAGACUUUUGUCACUAAUAGCCUUGAGUGGGCACAGAUGCCAUUUGCAGAUGUCUUUAAGUAUCCAGUUCUCAAUUUUGUGCCAAAAUACACACCAGCAAUACCAGGUAAAGCACCUUUUAUGCUCUUUGUUGUUUAAAAGUGAUAUAUUUGUGAAACAGAUCGAUAAUACAUAACACUGGAAAUUGGUCCUUCUUCCCUAAAGUACAUGUAAAAUAAAAUAAAAUUUAAAAAAGACCCAAACAACUUUUGUGAGUUUAUCUGGCUUUUAAUCAAGUCUGAAAAUUAUAACUAUGUUAUACAGUUGCCAGUUUUCAGUCCUUUAUAAUUUUAAAUAGAUCUGCAUUUUAACUUUAUUUAUUUGCCAAUUUUUUAUAUACUUCAAGUUACACUUUACAAUUCAAGCUAACUGUUUCUUUUCCUAGGCUGUUAUGUAAGAGAUUUUCAGUACUCUUGUAAACUGCAGACCUUUUUUGAAUAGUCCUUUUUCUUCUCCUUUGGAUCACUUACCACUAAUGAGUCUGCAGUCCCCAUUUUACUGUACUCUUCCAAUAAAUGUAAAAUACUUGUA